ACCCUUAAAGGGCCUAAAGCCCUAAAACCCUUUGAAACGGAAUUUGUGUAAGAAGAGAAAGAGAACGCUGCAAAGCCGAAGCAGAGUUUCAAUUCAAUUCAAUAGCGAUUUAGAGUUUCCGAAAAGAAAUUGAUUUCACGCAUUUUUAGUCAGUAUCAGAUGGAUCACUUUGCAGCACAUGAAGAGCAACUUGCUUCACAGAGAAUGAGGCAGAAACUUGAAGAAGUAAAUGUGGCUGCUCAAACUAAUCUUGCCCCUGUCCAAGACUAUGUCAAUUACACGCUCCAGAAAGCAUAUUUUAAGUGUGCAUAUGAGUGCUUUGAUAGAAGCAAAAGGCAGGAAGAAAUAAGCAGUUGUGUCGAAAAUUGCAGCAUUCCUCUUUCUAAUGUGCAACAUACAUUUGAUCAUGAGAUGGCACAGUUUCAGGAGAGGUUGAAUAGAUCUCUGAUGGUGUGUCAAGAUAAGUACGAGGCGGCUAGGCUACAGAAGAAAAAUGAUGCUAUGAAUGAUUUGGUUUCCUGUGCUGACCAGUCAAUCCAGGAAAGCAUCAAGACGCUGCCACAUCUUGCCAACAAGUUGAAAGCUUCCUUUGGAAUCAGUGACAAUGGCUCCUAGUAGCACGUUUUUCUAGUGGGAAAAGACUAUCAUUGUCGUUAUUGGUUCAUUGUAGCUUUUUUCUUCUUCCAUACAUUUAAUUUAACCCACAAGAAAAUACUUGCAUUACAAACAGAUCAUUGAUCAUAAGGGUGUGUUUUCUCAACAUGUGAGAGUUUUAGUCAACGAUGGACGUUGUAAUUUGCAAGAAAGUUUAGCCGCACAAUUCCUAUCUUGACUAUAGUUGCAUAUGGUUAACAUUCGAAUACAGGGGACAUCAAAUGAAGGAUAUGUAUAAACCUAGAAUGCUUAAAAAGAAACAAACAUACAUUUUUUUUAAAGACA